AUGGCGUCGAGUAACGUGGGCGAUGUGUGUGAUAAGGAUGAUGGGGAGUGGGGAGAGGAGGAGAUAGCAAGUUUCCAAAAGCGCAUGGCAGGGCCGUCGAGUCACAAGGCGUGUGUGGAAAGCAACGAAGCUCGUUUUGCACGCAUCAUUCAUCAAGUGUCCAAGGGGUCCAAGUUUUACGAGAACCAGCGCAAGCGCCACGAGCAUGUGACAGCCAAAGUGGCAAAAAUCCGCGAGCGCUUGGCCGAGGUCCAAGCGGCGCUUCGCAGCGGUAUUUUGCGCGAAUCCGUCGAGCACGAUGUGCAGCGGACCGUUGCCCGGCUUGAAUCACAGCGCGAUCUCUCACACUGCAUACUUCACUGCGAUAUGGACAUGUUUUACGCGGCUGUCGAGCUGCAGCGCAGCCCGUCGUUGCAAGGCCGCUGCUUUGCCGUCGGCAAAGGCGUCAUUCUCACCGCGAGCUACGAGGCGCGCAAACGCGGCGUGCGUUCCGGCAUGGCUGAGUUUGUCGCACGCGCACUUUGCGAAGAUCUCCUCGUUGUUCCUGCGAAUUUUGACGCGUACAAGCAGAGCAGCGAUGCCAUCAUGGACGUGCUGCGGUCGUACGACCCCACGCUCUACCCACGCAGUUUGGACGAGGCGUACCUAGACAUCACUACGUACUGCUCAGAGCACGAAAUCUCCGUGGAGGAGGCUGUCGAGCAGCUUCGCGCCGAUGUGCGCACAAAAACAGGGCUCACCAUCAGCGUCGGCGCUGCGCCCAACAUGCUCCUGGCCAAGAUUGCGUCGGACCGCAACAAGCCAGACGGCCAUUUUCGUCUCAUGCCAGACCGCACAUCCAUUAUGGACUUUUUGGCACAGCUGCCUGUGCGCAAAGUGCCGGGAAUCGGGCAUGUCACGGAGCGAUUGCUCGAAGCGAUUGGCGUCGAGACGUGCGGCGAUUUGUGGGCGCGGCGGGUGGUGCUCAGUAUGUGCAUGGACUCGUUCUCUUUGCUCUUAUCGAUUGCCAUGGGCAUCUCGUCUUCGCACGUCGCUCCGCCUGGGCGCGCACAGCGAAAAUCAGUAGGGAGCGAGAGCACGUUUACACCCACGAGCGAUGCGACGCUGCUCGACAUGCAGCUGCACUUGGCAUGCACUAGGCUUGCACAAGAGCUCUGCGAUAAGUCGCUUCGCGCACGCAGCGUAUCGCUCGUGGGAAAGCACGAUACGUACGAGCGCUUCUCUCGUGCGCGCGGCGUUACUCGUCGCGACGGUGUUGCAUCCUACGAAGAGCUCUACGAGAUUGGCCACGCGUUGCUAGCACAAGAAAUGAGUGCGUCGGGCAACACACUUUCUUUGCGUCUCCUUGGGAUUCGUGCUUCGUCGCUGGUCGACGUUCGCACACACACAGGCCACUCCCUGGAUACGUGGCUCCAACGUGGGCCGCCGCCACCGCCGCCGCCGCUGCCGCCGCCGCCAAAGGCUGUCCACCAGUGCCCCGUGUGCGAAAAGCCGAUUGCGAUUCCUUCGGGACUCGCUGCGCUGGAGGAGAAUGCGCAUGUGAAUCAACAUAUCGACGCAUGCUUGCACGCUCCCAAGCCGAAACGGCAACGCACAACGCUCGACGUCUACUUUGGCGUGCGCACUUAG